AUGAGUUCGGUCCCAGAGAAAGCAAAUCAAGUGAAAGAAUCACUUAAAAGUGAUACCUAUGAAGAAGAAGGCAAUUUGAGAUAUGCAGCUUACGCUAAUAGAUUCCGUACCAUUUUAGUUGCAUCUCAUCGUUAUGUUGCAUAUACGUCAGAUAUAGGCGAAUCUUUUCGUCCGGUAGCCCAUCCAUAUCUAGUAAAAAUGGGAUAUGGUGUAUCGUGGUUAUAUAUUUUAAGUGAUGUUUCAUACGCUGCAUGGAAGGUGAAGGCCAAAUCUGAAGGCAAAUACACUGAAGGCAUGUAUCCAUGGAAUUAUCCAUAUCCUGAAGCCAACCCAGUUGCUGCCCGCGUAUUCCACGAUACGCAUGAAGGUAGGUUAGUUGACACUGACUGGAGAUUGGCAGGGUUGAAGAGAGGUCUUUUCCAGAGUAUUGCCUCGAUGGGUUUGCCCGCAUUCACAAUCCACAGUGCAGUUAGAUAUUCUUCCCUCGUGUUUAAAAACUCGUCUAUCAAGUCAUUGAAGACAUAUGGACCCGUUGCUAUUGGUUUAGGUAUAGUCCCAUUAUUGCCUUACGUAUUCGAUGAGCCAUGUGAAGUUGCCAUUGACUGGAUCUUUGAUAAAGGUGAAGACCUCUACAAGCAGAAGUUGUCUUGA